GCCCCGCCAGCCCCCGUCUGCCUCCCCUCCCGGGGCCGGGGCCGCUGUUGGGGUCCCAGCCGAAAUAAGGGAAACGUUUUCUCGUUUCUGGAGCCCGUACCCGUGCUCGCGUUCCCUGGAAAGGUCGCCGAGUGCCGCUCCUUGCACGCUCGCUCCUUGCACCGCAACUCCACCCGUGAGAGGUCUUCUGUUCCCCCUGACAGCUGGCUUAUUUGAAAACAGUAGCUUUCAAGAAUUGGAAACUGUGUCUGAUAAAGUUCUGCGUGUUACUUAAAAUUCAGCAUGCAGGCUCUGCAAGUUGUUGUGAUGAAGGUUUCCAAAGUAUCUUCAAAAAUACUUUUUUCUCCUGUUGGCACUAAAUGAAGUCCUUAGAAAGCAAGGACAGAUCUGCGGCACAAAUUUUGUUUGGUGAUUUGGUUUUGUUUUGUUUUUCCUGCAAUGAAACACGUCAGUUGGGACAAAAUUUCUUCCCCACCGUAUCACACAGUCCAACAUUUAGUAAACACUGUUUUGAGAGGAGUAUUCUCCAUGCUGUUUUUCUGUUGUUUAAAGGGAGAACUUGUAGCUACUCACAUUCUUGUCUUGAUUUUGUUUUGUUUUCAGCAUCCAGAAUAGUGCUGUCAUCAGAGCCGUGUGUGGUCCUCUCACAGAGGUGUGAUAUCCCAAAAGCGGUGGGACCUGUGUGAUGAGGACCUGCAGUAUUUGCUUUCAAAGAAUAGAGUUUUUGGGUUGAAUUCUAUUAGAAAAGGAAAAAUCACACAAUAUUCCAAGAACAGAGAGGAGCAUGUGUAUUUGUGUAGUACUUAUUUUGUGUGGAAUUAGUGGUGAAUUUGUUAAUCAUCUCAACAUCCUGACAUUUGAGAACGAAGUUCACAAGCCGGGAGAGACAAAAUGAACCCUUUCUUUUUUCUGGGUUUUGGACAUUCUCAUCUAGUCUACUUCUGGAACAGAAAUAUAACUUCGAACUCAACAAAUGAGACAUACUGCUACAGCACUGCCUCGGGCAGCACAGUGCUCCAAGGAGUAACUUUUGGUGGAAUCCCAACUGUCCUGCUGCUUGAUGUAACAUCCUUUUUUAUUUUAAUAUUACUGUUUUCCAUUAUAAGAAAGAGAUUCUGGGACUAUGGUCGUGUUGCUCUCGUGUCAGAAGCUGAAAGUGAAACAAGAUACAACCGAUUGUCAACAUCUUCAUCCGUACCUGAAGAUCUUGAAUAUGAUAAGGGGUUGUGUUCUUGGAUGACAGCUGCUUUUCGAAUGCAUGAUGAUGAGAUUCAUGAGAGAUGUGGUCAAGAUGCCAUACAUUACCUUGCCUUCCAGCGUCACAUUAUCUGUUUGUUGAUUGCUAUCAGCAUUUUGUCUGUGUGUGUCAUAUUGCCUGUCAACCUAUCGGGUGAUCUACUUGAUAAAGAUCCCUAUAGUUUUGGAAGAACAACUAUAGUAAACUUAGAAACUGGUAAUAAUCUUCUCUGGCUGCACGCUGUUUUUGCUGUUGUUUACCUGAUUCUGACUGUUGGUUUCAUGAGACAUCAUAUGAAGUAUGUCACAUAUAAAGAAGAAAACACAGUUAGGUGCACAUUGUUUAUAACUGGUCUUCCAAAACAUGUAAAAAAAGAGAAAAUACAAGGCCAUUUCACUGCUGCCUACCCAACCUGCACUGUGACGGAUGUCCAGCUGUGUUAUGACGUAGCCAAGCUUAUUGAUCUCUUUAAAAAAAGAAAACAGGCAGAAAAAAGCCUGACUUACUAUGAGCACCUGUAUCAGAAGUACGGCAAGCAGGUCCAAAUCAACUCUAAACCAUGUGGUCAAUUCUGCUGUUGUGAAAUGAGAGGAUGUGAGAGGGAGGAUGCUGUAGAUUAUUAUACCAAAGUUCAACAUGAACUCAUGGAAAAAUAUUUAAAAGAGGAAGAAGCUGUUCAGAAUAACCCACUCGGAAUGGCUUUUGUAACAUUUCAAGAGAAAUCCAUGGCAACCUAUAUCCUUAAGGACUUCAAUGCCUGCAAAUGUCAGAGUAUUAGGUGUAAAGGAGAACCCCAGCCGUCGUCCUACAGCAGGGAGCUUUGCAUAUCAAACUGGGAGGUUACAUACGCUCCUUAUCCUGACAAUAUUUGUUGGAGCAAUCUUGCAGUAUGUGGACUGAAAUGGUGGCUUAGAUGGGCUUGCAUUAAUUUGUUUCUUUUUAUCGUGCUGUUUUUUCUUACUACUCCUUCCAUAAUCAUCUCAACCAUGGACAAGUUCAAUGUCACUAAACCUAUUCACUACCUUAAUAAUCCCAUCAUCAGUCAGUUUUUCCCAACAUUCUUGCUCUGGUCCUUCUCAGCUUUGCUACCGACAAUUGUCUAUUACUCAACUUUGCUGGAGUCCCACUGGACAAAAUCUGCAGAGAACAGAAUAAUGAUGCAUAAAGUCUACAUAUUUUUGAUCUUCAUGGUAUUGAUUCUGCCCUCCCUUGGUCUGACCAGCCUUGAUUUUUUUUUCCGUUGGCUGUUUGACAGAGAAUCAUCUGAUUCUACAGUUAGGCUGGAAUGUGUCUUUUUGCCUGACCAGGGAGCCUUUUUUGUGAACUAUGUGAUUGCCUCUGCUUUCAUUGGCAAUGGGAUGGAGCUUCUGCGCCUGCCUGGCCUCAUCCUUUACACCAUACGCAUGAUAAUGGCCAAGUCCACAGCAGAAAGGAAAAAUAUUAAACAGCAACAAGCAUUUGAAUAUGAAUUUGGAGCAAUGUAUGCCUGGAUGUUGUGUGUGUUCACUGUCAUCAUGGCCUAUAGCAUUACAUGUCCCAUCAUUGUCCCGUUUGGUUUAAUAUACAUGCUCCUGAAGCACAUGGUUGACCGUUAUAACCUUUACUAUGCCUAUCUCCCUGCCAAGCUGGAGAAGAAGAUGCACUUUGCAGCUGUGAAUCAGGCCCUUGCAGCUCCAAUUCUCUGCCUUUUCUGGCUCUAUUUUUUCUCAUUUUUGAGGCUAGGCUUUAAAGCACCUACAACCAUGUUUACCUUCCUGGUUGUCAACAUCACAAUUGUUAUUUGCUUGGCUUAUACUUGUUUUGGCUGUUUCAAGUACCUGAGCCCACUGAAUUAUAAGGUAGAAGAUGUGCAAUGUGAAAGAGGAAACGACACAGAUGUACCAACCAUCCCAACAUCUUCUAUGUACGUCCCUCAAGUUUUGCAUCCUCGUUCUACAGAAAGGACGAUGCUUCCCUAUACAGAGCAGCUAUCUUACGGCACCAUGGGCAACACUAGUUCACAGGCAGAAGAAAUCAUAAGCUACUCUGCUGGACCCGCAAUUACUGAGCAGGCUUCGAGAGGUUUGAAUGCCAAGGACUAACACAAGGUGGAGCACUUGGUCCAGGUUUAGGAGAACUAAUUUCCCAGCAUCACCUACUAAGUAGUCUCUUUUAUUCACAUAUUCCUCCCUACAAGAAGAGGUAUGGAAAUAAUUUAUUGUGUGGUCUGCAGCUGUGCUUGAAGAUUAAAAAGCAGAUGCCUUGGGACUGAUUAUUUCCAGGCUGUCUACACACAUUGUGAAACAAACAUGUUGAGCACAGAGAUGCUGAUCCUCAGGGACUUCACUUGUGCUAUGUCAUCACUUGCCUUACGAAGAUAACUUAUGCUGCAUAUAGAUAACUGGUCACCAAAGUAAAUGCAGCUAUUACAGCUGUCACUUAUUUAUUCAAAAUAAUUCUUGCUUUUUUUUUUUUUAAAAAAAAAUUAAAAACCCCCAACUUUACUAUUUAUAAACUUCCUGGGAUGUGUGAAAUCCUGAGGCAAUGUCACUUUUGAUGAAAAUACUGUUUGUGUGGGCGCUGAGUAUGGUGUGUGGGAGCCUCUCCUCUUGUCACCCAAAGUAGGCAGUGUAGACUUGAUCAUGUUACUUUUUUCCAUAAAAGAGAUAAGGGAAUUACUGUGCACUUUUGGGUACUGAAAGUACCAAAGCAAAAAGACUGGUGUAAAAAGAAGGGAGUUCUUUAUCUGAUGCUGGUUUUAUAUGUGUUUUUGGAGGGCGUUUAGGUUGUUAGUUUCUGUUCACUACUUUUAAGGGCCUUCCACAGUGAAAUUUCACCUGCCAACAAUAAUGGAUUUUAUCUUUCUUUUAAUCUUGGGUCAAAAUGACAGAUCUCUGGGUUUUCUCUAUAGUGCCAAUUAUGUAAGCUGUAAGAUACCAAGUUUUUAAGUUAUGUAGUAGGUGCCAAUUUAUUCCAAAGUACAUUGUGUCAAAGUGUAAUUAAUAAUCAUGAAGCAAUAAAACACUGAGUUCAGAGGAAUUUCAGGCCAUCUUGCUUGAUUUAUUUUUUUCUUUGUGUAUUGAAACAGUUCUGUUGCUAGCUGCCUGGCAGCAUGAACUGUGUCACAAACUGUUCAUGAGAGCACUGUCAUGAGAUAUAGACUGUCAGUCUAUGUCCCAUGAGAGAUUUGAAUACUAUUAAGUUUCUCUAGGGGAUAAAUCUUGGUGACCUUUGGGUAGGAGAAGGUUUUGGCCCUCCCAAGCCCUCUGCUUGCCUGCUCGUCGUUAAACUGUUAGUUCCUGAACUUGGCCUUUUCUAGCAGCAACAUCUUGAGAUUCAAGUAGAAUUUGUGCCAUAAAGCAGUGUGUACAGAUGUUCAGUGCCUUCCAGGCCUGCCUCCAGCUUCCCCGGACCAGCCCUCUGGGCAAAUGCUGAGCGGGAGACCUACCCUGCUGCAGGAAGGACCCUGCGGAGCUCUGAUAACCUUGAUGACAAGCCCGUCCUGUCAGCUGAAGGUACACAUAACUCCUUGUUCUUAAAAGAAUUCCAGUUCCCAGCUCUGCUUACCCACAGAUGCUAGCAGCACAACUGAAAACUUGCUCACUUGGGAUCUACAGAGAGUUAAUUUAUUAGCGUUUGGAAGCCUUUUGUGCUUUUCAAGAAGGUGGGCUUGUCCUAGGAGCAGCAGAUCACAGAGGUUUUUACCCGGCUCUCAGCAAAAGUGAGGAGCCUGCAGUCUCCAGUAACGGGUGACUCUGGAUUCCUGGGUGAAAGGAAACGAGGUUGAUUUCUCGGAGGAGGAUUUGCUCCCUUCUGUAGCAGCUUAGUUCCUGCCUUCCUAGGUAAGUUCUGAUGUAACAUGUAUCUGAUCUUCUCCCCUUUGAAUGGGUUCAAAGUCCCACCUCAAGACCCAACUUCUAUGGCUAGUAAAGGGAAAUAAUACUCUGUGGUGUUAAGUAAGGAUUUCACUAACUUAAUGAGCUAAAUAUCUUUCCAACUUCAAUUCUGGAUGGGAGUUCUUUUUCCACUAAAGUUCGGGUUUGGAAAUGUCCAUAAUAGCCACAAUUAGAUUUCCUCAUUGGUCUGGUUAGAUUCAGAGUUUGUGUUUUUUUAAAAAGACCACUUUUUGCUACUGUAUUUGACUCCUGCACAAAAGCUUCUCUUUGUUUGUUUCGUUGGGGGGGCAGCAACCCCCCCCCAUCCUCCCCAAAUGAGUAGGUAGAGAUGGUGUUGCCUGUCUGGGAGAAAUACCAGCUGUAACCCUUCUCGGGCCUUGAUUUACCUGCUGCUGGAUAGGUGUUCAGAAGGUUUAAUACGUUGUAUUUGUUUGUAGAAGUGUCUAAAAUGACCCACAUUCUCUGAUUCUUAGUCGUCAUCUCUCUAAAAUUGGGUUGGCAACAUCUUCUGAUAUAAAGUUUGUGGUCUUCAGCAGUCCAGAGCUUCAUCCCAUCUUACCUCUCAAAUCUUAGGGAAAUGAUAUGUGAUACAUGUGAUAUCACACAGAUAUGAUGGUGUAAUUUUAGGGCCUUAAAACACUUCUGUCUUCCAAACUCUGAACUGAUGUAUAUGUUUAGUAAAUUAGCUUUUCCUGAGAAGCCACGGGAGCGUGGUUGCAAGAUCUGAUGGCUUUGAAUGCUCUAGAUCUGUGCUAGACCUGUGCGUGAUAUUCAAGUGGGAAUGGGUGGGACUGUAAAGAGGCAAGAAGAAGAGAGGGAACUUCUCACAUUUGUUUCUAGACUCAGAGAUUAAUUAAGUGUUGGUUGGUAGUUAAUGAAGUCACUAAUCUCAAAAGCGAUGUUGAAAGUAAAGUUCUAGAAAUCUAAUAUAUGGUAAUUUCGUAAGGUACUCCUAAUAAAAUAGGAGCUGGAAUUUGCUGCUGUCUCGUAUCGUUACUGCUGUGUGGUUGUGAACCUCCAAUUUUUAUGUAGUGACGCAAAAGGGUGAAAGUUUGUGAUGGAAAUUAGUAACUGUUUCUGAAAGGUAUCUAUUUGUUGUGCUUCUCAGAUAUCUAUUAAAAAAAAAAAAAGUUGCAGUACAGGAGGAAGAUUGAGGGCAGAGGGAAUGUAAGACAGAUGUAUUUUUGUACGCCUGCCUUCACUAUGAACAUCUUUCACGCAUUUAGUGGUGUUCUAUACUUGGCUUUUCAGAUCGGUUAGGUUUAGUACGUACAGCCUGCUGUCCUGAAAUGUAAAGCACCGAGUUGCUUCAAUCACAUGAAGAUGUUCCAUGUCAAAACUUAUUUUGAAUUCUGACUUUUUUUUUUCCUAAGGCACAUUAUCAGGUUUUUUUUUUCCCUUGCAUGUAUAGACAUAGAGAAAUGAAACCAGCAAAUAUCUCCACAGAGGAAAAUGGAAGUGAUUCAAAGAAUUGCUAAGUAUCAUAAUCUGGUUGCAGGCAUUGAAUUUUUUUAUGACAGGGUUCUAGCUUUAGAGAAUGGAGUAGGCUUUUCUUAGUCUUUUGACGUCUGUAACUUCAAAAUUGUUCCUAAAAUAGGAAGACUUCAUUCACUUCUGAGACCAGAAAUCAGAACCUGCUGGGAAGAAAAGGGCAAAAAUUAAAAAAUAAAUAGGUUAUGCGCUUUUAAAAAGAAUCAUUUAAGCAGUUAUUUCUGUUGUUUAGCUUUGAAAGGGAAAGGACACAGCGGUGAAGUUAGGAGAAUUGAUUAUAUCUGUGUUCUGCAAUGGCUUCUGCUGCUUGGUUUGUGAGAGAGAUUACUUGGGACCUCUCUUUGUCUUUGGUUUCUCUGAAGGCUUAAGUAUGCCCUCUGAUCGCUGCAAAAAGCUUUGUCAGCCACAAAAGACUUGGGGUGAUGCAAAAAAAAAAAAUUCCAUUUAGACAAAAAUGUAGGUGUGGAUCUUUGUUCCCUUGAGACUGUACAAGAAUUUGUAGAACUCGAGAGAUACGAAUGUAUUUAGAUAAAAACUCACCCCAGAAACACAGGCGUGGUUGCAAAAAUGCUGAAGAACUGCUGGAAGAUAAAGCUGUUCUUAGACUUCCUCCAUUUGGGGAAGUGGAGAGGUUAGUGGGUGCGCUCCCAGCAGAGAUGAGAUCCUACGAGGCAGCCAUGGCCGUUGUCCAAAGUGAGUGGGACUACUUAGGCUCAGCUGGAGCAGAGCUGCAACCUAAGCUUGUGAAAUUGCACUGAGCGACAAUGGGAAAAAUGUGAGCUGGGCUCAGCCAGGACGUUGACAAUCACUUACCUGAAUGCCUGGGGGUGGGAUCCAUCCGUGUAUUCUUGUGCAAUGGGUAGCUGGGAAGGGAGCAGCAGCAGGGGGCUCGUCUUAAGGAGGACGGGGUGUUUACCAGGAAGCCGGUGUCAGCAGGACAGGCAAAAGUUGGUUUUGCAUUGGAUGUAGAGUGGAUACAAGUGGGGGGGCAAGUCAGGGACUUGGAGGCAUUUCGGAGCUGAGUGUGCCAUUUCUUUUUUCACCUGCCCCUGAGCCUGGGUCCAAAGCAGGCUGCAGCCGCUGCGAGGGGCAGGCAGCUGGGGGGCUGACAGGGCCAGAGUCCCUUGGCUCAGCCACCGGGGCAGGACGCUGGGGCCCUGGCAGCCGCUGGGGCCAGCAGCAUGGGCAAGGUGAAGUAGUCAGAUUCCCUCCUUUCACCUCUUUUGUGCUGUUGAAACAGGCAUGAGUCAGUCUUCACGUAUAGCGGAGUUUGUCGUGCUGGUACCUCGGACUGAGUAGCUGGGCGGUUGGGUGUGGUUCUGUCUUCUCAUGUGUCUGUUCACCUUUUCUCUGCGCUGUACUCCCUCUGCGCCCAUCAUCCGCAGCGGAUUGAACUGUUGCUGCAAAGGGGGGAUCAUCUUUCAUUUAAGAAGAUGGAAACUCAUGACUUAAACCUUGUUUAUCAUUUGUCCUAUCCUCAAAACCACAGACUUUCAGUUACUAAAUGUGGGGAGAGCGUGAGCGUCCUUCUUAACGUCUUAAAAAUCAGUCAGGAAGGUAUUUUGAAGACUGAAGUUUGGACUACAUCUAGCAAGGGGAAAGAGCUGUCACUCAGCGCAGAUCUGUUUAUAAAUACUGCUCUCCGGAAGACAACUGACAAUUGUAAUGGGGCUAAUUCUCCUAGCAGCAUUGCCAUAACACCAUCAGGGCUGUCUGGCACCGCACAGGAUAUUUCUUCCAUGAAAGAAAACUAAUCCUAAGCAAGAUGGUUUUAGUGUGAGUUAUGUUCCUUGAAGUGCUAUUACAGCAAGUAAAACAAGUGGCAUCAUUUUCUCAGUGUUUUAAAAUAAGUUACCCUGAAAUCAAUAUGGAUUUAUUCCUUGUCUCUUCCCACAGUACCCAGAAGGAUCUUUCCGUUCCUCUUUCAGACAAAAAUAUAUCUUCAUUUAAUGCAUAUGAUGUAUGGCACCUGCUGUAAAACGUGAUGUACAUUUGAUUGACUGUCUUGAACCAAUCGAUUCCCUGCCCCCAAGCAAUUCUGGCCGACCUGGGGGUGACAAGUAGGAAGGGUCCCCUUAUGGACUUGUGACGCUAGACUUCACAGAUCCUACUUUUCACUGAACGAUGGCUUAACUUCCUUUUUCAUAUGAAAGUGUGAUUUCUAGUCAUUUUUUUUUUUUCAUUCAUAAGGUGAGUAAUGCCUGACUUUUUUUGUUUAACGUACAUGAAGCCUUGUCUUGUUUACUUGCAGAAGAUGGCCGAAGGCUGCAUAUACUGGCUGGGAUUUUUCAGGGCUUUAUGGUUUGUAGUUUAAAAAUCAGAAGUCAAAUUUGGUUGUAGCGGGAGUGAGUUAGUUUAGCUGGAGCUAUACGAGAAGAUGAUGACCUUACUAGUGUUUUCUGCACCAGAAGCAAAUACUUUCCAAAGCACUUCAGCAGGCGGGGGACAGUGUAAAUUCUGUUUAUUUUCAGUGGCAUCUCCAUGGUUCUGAACCUCUUAUCCAGACUGUGCGGGCUGUACCCAGCUAAGUAAAGAGUAGGGUUUAGGUCAGCUACUUCUGGUUCCAGCGUGGGAUAAAUGCAUGGUUUGGAGCAACUUAAGGAGGUCUGGCUUUUAGGACAGCAGUUUCUUUGAGCAGAGACUUUUGGAGCAACUUUGGUCCAGAAAUGGAAGCUUCACCAAGAAAUGGUUCUGGAGCAAAACAAAGUGUUUCGAGCACCCACGUGUCAUUGGAUUCUGGGUUCUCCUGAAGGCCAUAGCUACUAUUUAAAAGAUGAGCCUUAUUCCCAAGAAACAGCUCAGCCAGCCCAACAGCAGUGCAUUUGGCCCUGUUAGAGGAAACCUACUGCCUGCACAGCAGGCGCUCGGCUGUCUCCCUUAAAUAAGAACAAGCGUAACAGAGCAGGGAGUCCUUUCUUACUGCUUAUUACUACUGCAGCGAUCUGAUACGCAGUUACUUGCUGACAGAAAUGUUAAAAAUAUUUCUGAUUAUCUGACUGACUGCAGAACUGUACCAAAUACCUGCCCGUUAGCCAGUACUGGAGCAUGUCAGAAGUGAGUUUGGAUUCGCUCAAGGUGGUAAUCAAAUCCGAAUCGCAGGCUCAUGGGAGAGCUGCUCCCUGAAGGAAGAGAUGCAGAUGCUGUUGCGAGCCCACAAACGCUUCGUUGCUAUUAAACCUUGCACUACAGGCGGUGGGGUUGGCUGCGUUGUGCUGAAACCAAAGGAUAAUUUUGAAAAAGGGGAGGGGAAUCGAUGGCAGGCUUUAGAGCUGGUGCAGAGCUGAAUUUUAUAUUCUUUCACAUUGUCACACUAUUUCACUGAAUCUUAGUAUCUAAGUGUAGGUAAGUAGGUGAUGAGCAACAGCUGCUGAUAGCUGUGGGCUUAAGCUUCGAGAAGCAUGACAUCAGAAUUCAGAACAACCUUUCCUAUAUAACAGGCAUUUAAUUAUCCUUUUUAAGCUUCUAAAGUCUGCAC